CUAACCAACCUGUAACUAACACACAAUAGAAAGAAAGACAAAGGCUCUCUGUGAGUUUGAAUAUUGAGAACAUCUGUUUCCAUCUCGAGUUGAUGUAAUGAAUAGACCCUUGUUGACUCCUUCUGUUUCCUAAUUGUUGGUCCCCUGGCUUCAAGUCACGCACUGUUAAACACACAUACACAGUCUUUGACUUGCUACUCAAUCUGAUACAUCUCGUCAGGAUAUAAUUAACAACGGGAAGAGCUAUUAAAGGGGGAAAUUCAGGACAGAGCGACAGUACAUUAACUAGAUGCUGGCUAACAAUCCCUGGCUGAGGACCAACAUCAACGAUGAAGCUCUUCACGUUUUGUCUACUUCUACCGGUGGCGAUGGUGGCAACUGCCCCAAUCAGAGCUCAAAGAGAAAAUGUGCUAAGCUUUCUGCAUGAUUCACUUCGCCCAUCUACAGAAAAGAUACCUGGAAAUGUUACAGCAAACCCUCCAAAUGAAUCAGUGAAAGACGAUGAUUCUGAAGAUUCUUCCCGAAGCCUUGACAGUGAUGCGAUGAUGAUUUCCCAAGUUUUGGAGAAAGAUAAAGCACCAUCGACAAGGAGAACCAAUGGGGGGACGCAGGUCGGGGACCAGGAGGGUAGUGGGGAGCGUAGUGGGCCGCAUGGACCACAGCCAGCAAGCAGAGAGCGGACUGAUCGUAGCAGUGAGGAGACGCUGGAGGCUCAAGAGCGGGACCAUUUACCCGGAAAACAUGGAUUUGGGUCGAAUGGUAUGUUUGCCCCAGGUAGGAGCAGAGAACUGAUGGAUCGGGAUAGUUUGGAGGACAAUGGCAGACCUGCUCCAGUGGGCAACAGAGGAGAUACAGACUAUGAUGAAACCAGGGAGUUAAUCAGUGCUGAAACGCAUCCAGAGCACAUGGCCAGUAGCUUCCCGGCUCCAGCAAAGGUCCGAGCCUCCUGAUGAUCCUACAAAGAUUCCAUUUCUUCCUCAUAAUGAGUCAGGGCCCGACAACUGUUGAGUCACGCUGGCAGCCUGCUUUCUUCCAAAUAGUUUCUUCUGGGACUUUUUCAUCCCAAUUUAGAUUUUUACAUCCCUUUUGUUAUUUGAUCAUGUGAACAAAUAAAGAGGUUAUGACAA